AUGGACGUCUCGCUCGCCUUGCUCGGGGGUUUCAAGCCUCGGAGGAACUUCACGCAGAUCAAGGCUACCCUCCCCUCCGGCAGCUACGCUACCUCCUCGCGGACUACAUGCCGUUCUCGGGUAGAGGUAGAUACUCAGCUCGAGGAGGCCUAUGCAGUAGCUUACGAGGAGUAUCUCGAGAAGAUUAAGGAGCAUGACCUUGUGAAAGAUGCCUAUGUCCAGUGGACGAGCAACCAGAUGGCGAGUUUCACUCGGUUCAUGAUGACUGGAGUGCGAGAGGAACCACUCCCAGAGCCACCUCAUCCGGGGCCGACGCCAGUGUUCCCGUCCAAGGAGGAGUUCUAUAUCAUGUACAAUAUAUGA